AUUUAAAAUAAAAAAUGGCUAUCAGAAACAGAUUGUUCUAGGCUUUCAAUACCGUCCAUAGAAUUUUUAACGUUGAGGCCAAAUUCUUACCAUACACCUGCACAACUAGAAAUGAAGCCUUAGUACAGAAUCAUACCAAACAUCAAUCCUACUUACACUAUGCCAAUAAAGAUUAGAAUCUCUAAAAUAUCACUAGAUCCACAUUAGAUGAAUUCUAAAAAUUGGAAUUUAAUGUCAUCUCCCAAUUUUAGAGAAAGGGACUAAAUAAUCCACAUGUGGACCCACAUUAAAUCAUAUACUAGUUGGAUAGAAUUGAAGUCUUAAGAAAAUUAAAAGUUUUGGAAUAAAAUGCAGGAGCAUUUCCAAAAGAUGAAGCUGAAUGCUUAAAACUUAUUGCCAAAGUCCACCUAGAAGAACCAAACGCUUAAGAAAACUUAGAUAAAUUUAUUGAGGCUAAUCCACAAUGUAGAAGAUUAUUGCACCUUGGAUAAAUUUGAGCAUGAUCAAUUAUUACAAAUAAACAACAAAACAUAAAAUAAUAUAUGUAAUUGCA